CUCAGUGGGUGAAGCAGCAUCUAUGGAGCGAAGGAAAUAGGCAACGUUUAAGGCCGAAACCCUUCUUCAGACUGUUUGGACCAAAGAACUUUGGUUUGGACGGUCAGUUUUUCGGAGCCCCGCGCGAUGUCCGGACCAGCCCCGCACAACUCCAUACGGCUCCGGUGAUCGAAGUGGGACCGGCCCGCGAGUCCGUACGGCUCAAGCGACCACGAUAGGUCGCGCUCGCCGCAUGCUACUGGGACAGGCCCUUAAAGGUCUCUUAUUGGUGUUAUAAAUAUCUAAGAUAUAAUUUUCAACUUUUCCAGGUGCGUUUGGCUGACAAGGAAUGUUACAAUUGCAGUGCCUAUACUGCAAUCUCUAUUUUUGAUCUUUACUGUGAGCAGCUACGCUCUGUGUUUGUGUAUGAAUCCAGGAAUUAUUGCCAGAGAUUCUGUCGACGUCAGUGGGGUUCUGGAUGCACCAGAGGUGAUGAUCAAUGGCACCAUCUUUACCAGCAAGUGGUGCCAUAUCUGUAAGAUCUACCGUCCCCCAAGAUGUCGACACUGCUACAGCUGCGAUGUGUGUAUAGAGGAUCUUGACCAUCACUGUUUCUUCCUUAAAAAGUGCAUUGGGAAAAGAAAUCAUCGUUUUUUCUACACUUUACUCUUUUCCUUAACUGUCUAUUUUCUUCUCAUGUUUUCCUUCUGCACUAUCUUUCUAGUGAAAAAUCCCAAUGCACUAUUUCUAUCCAAGAUCACCACUUUUAUUCUUGCUACAAUUUCGCUUCUUGCUUCUGUACCGUUAUUUUUCUUUUUCGCUUUCCACACUUACCUCAUCGCAGCUGGAAUGACCACGUAUGAGCAGAUUUUGAGGACAUAUAAAAGCGAUAAGAAUCCUUUUCACAAAGGAUGUUGGAGAAACUUUACUGCCCUGUCGUUCGGUAAUCAGCUAUCGAGUUGUAAAACAGUGACUGAAGUCACUGUGAUCCCAGGUCAUCUGGUGGAAUGUCCAUCCGUCAGUUCAAAGUGUGCAGACACCACAUCUACGACUUUUAUAUCCAUCCUAUCUCGUUCCAAUGCUGUUGUUCCACUACCUGUCACUUUUGUUCCUACUUUGCCCAACCGCCCUCAAAGUGCCCCCUUGCCCACUUUCUCUUACCUUAACGAAAACUCUGGUGCUCCAUUUCAAACUCUUUCCUCUCAAAUGGUCUAUUUACCUGUUACCACAUUAUCUACCCAUUCCCCUGACAAUACCCACUCCAGCUCCCUCUCCUUAUAAAUGUCCUGCCUAAAUCUUCCACUGCUCGGAUCAACAGAACUGGAACGAAUAUAACAAACUAUUUUCCUUGCUACCUUCUCACUUCCCACUUCUCUCCCCCCCCCCCCCCCCCCCCCCC